UGUAUGUCGACUGUUGAACAUUUUAAUACAGUCUCGCGAAUAAUGGUAUACAUUGUAAGUGUGCGCCUACAUGUGGACAAUGGAGUGCUGACAACAAUAAUGGUUCUCUCUGCCUUUCUGAUAAUGUCAUCUCUGGUCGCGACGAUAAUGGCGCUGUUAUUCUACUUCGUGGCAUUGAUAGCCAUGUUAUAGAACUUGUUGCAUUUGCUAUUCUUCUCGUAGGUCGGCGCAUUAAGAUAAUAUACGACGAACAGUGUGGAUUUUCCAUUGCUUCUUGGUUAUUUUGCUAGAAGCUGCAAGAUCAUGGAGGGUGAAAGAACAGAGAGGACUGCUGGGACCAAGAAAGCGAACACUGGUCAUAUUUACAGGCCUGCCACAAAGUUAUGGAUCAGUGAUUGUCUUUGCGUUCCCCCAUACCCAACAGUGAAAAAUACUUACUUAUUUCAAGAUUUUCUUGUAGAAUAUGUCGAUGUUUUUGGAGUUGUCUCAGGCAGAAAGUUAUUUGGUACUUCUGCUGCAGCCUAUACUAUAGAUGACGGAACUGGAGAAAUAACGUGCCUUUUUGACCAUGGAAGACAAUAUGCUAAAGAUGAUUACCAGCAAAUUGUGGAGCUUGGUAGUGAAUUGACCAAUGUAUCAGGAUGUACUGAUCUUGAACAUAAGCUGCUAAAUUAUAUGAUGAAACCUGCAAUUUAUACUUUUGAAAACUUGGUGCAGUAUAGAGAAGUUGGUGAUACAGUUCAUGUUGCUGGACGGUUAUGCCAGUAUCAGGACUUGAGACAGGUGAAAGCGUAUCAUCUGAGUCUUAUAACAGAUUUGAAUGAUGAGGUAGACAGAAUACAUGAACUAAUGUUACUAUAUGAGAAUGGCUACUGUAGAAGCAAUGGUAGUCUUAAACAGAAGCAGAGAACCAGAGUUUGAAAAAGUAUCCACAAGAAUAUAAGAUCAGAAUAUUGCCAGAUAUUCUUUUUCUGGUUAUGACUGUGUAAAAUGUCAUGAAGGAGAAAUACUUGAAAUUUGAUGGCAUUUUUACAUAUGGUUGGAAAAGGAAAGUACUAGAAAUCUGGUGACUUUGUAGAUUAUGAUUGCAUAAUGUCAUGAAAGAGAAAUCUAUGGGUUUUUACUUGUUCAGUAAGCUCCUGAUUAUCAGUGUCUGGAUUAUUCAUGCAUGACUUCUUU